AUGUGGAACAUGAGCUGCCCGACAAUGGUCUGCUCUUCCGUGUACUGUGUAUACCAGAGGUCAGCCAUGAAUCGCAGACUGAUGUAUCGAGUACGAGCCGGCGCAUUCGAGGUGUGCCGCAUGUUGCGCCUCAACCGCCAGGCAAAGCGGUAUCGAGUACGCGGACCUUCGGCGCGGACUGUCGGCCAGCGAUCCACCCCUCCAAAAGAAAGUGAGGGGCUGACAGUACUUGAAAGCUACCUGGUUCUCUCACUGCGACGUCACCGCACCACGAGUACACUUGUGUGUCGCUUGUCGAGGCCACCGCUGCCGCCCAGGUGA